GAAUACCCAGGUCAGUAAUCCCAUAGUGUUUGAAGCAUCGCAUCUGGCCAGGCCCUAGAACCUUUCCUGAGCUUCUGCCCCAAGACAUUGACUUUCAACAGGAUGAAGACUACAACUUGUUCCCUUCUGAUCUUCAUAUCCCUUCUCCAGCUGACUGUCGUAGUGACUACUGAGGGGAAACCGAUUGAGGGAGUUCCCGGCCGUCGAGAUGUCUGUAAUAGUCUCUCCUGUACUACUGUCAAGGCUUCAGGCACACUGGCCUCCUGUCCUGCUGGGAUGGCUGCUACUGGCUGUGCGUGUGGCUUUGCCUGUGGAUCUUGGAAUAUCCAGAAUGAAAACAUUUGCCACUGCCUGUGUCCAAUCAUAGACUGGACCCUUGCCCGCUGCUGCCGACUGGGCUAAGAAAGUGGAGGCUGAGGACCCAGUUUUGAAAUGAUGACUAUAACAAAACUGCAAUCUCAUCUUAAAAACCUGGCUCGUGUUCCCUUGAUGAAUUCAUAUUACCCAGAAACCCUGCUUUCUGAAAAAUAAAAACAAAUUUGCAUCUGUC